AUGGGACAUUUCUCAGUUUCAAGAUCAAAUCAUCCAAUCACUAGAUAUAACGCCGGUGCUCGGCGCGUACUUCAAACUCAUCCCAUACAUUCUUUUUUACCCCGUUUGGACCCUAGAACCACACAUUUCAUGAGUCCGAUGGCUAUUUUUGGACCUUCUGCUUUCUUGGAACCCUUAACCGCUGACCCCGCGAGUCCUGAAGCAGGAACAGUCACCAACAAGCUAACCGUUUUAGGGAAUCUGAAGAAUGAUAUUGAAGAGGAUGCAAAAUAUAGUAGCAUCUUAACGCGCGACAGUCCGAUGAAACCGCACUAUGCCGGACUAGAACCCCGAGGAGGGGCAGUUUCAAGGGCCUUGUUGUUCAACAUGCCUGUCUUCAGGCACAAUGUCGGCAGUUUCGCGUUUCAUCGAGUGGAUGUGCCUCUGAUCGGAGACCAGGAUUCCAAAAAAAGAUUCUCAAGCUCCGUAGGCGUUACAAUGGGGCUCUUCUCCAUGUUUCAUCUUUUCUAG